AUGUCAAGCCAGCAGAACGGCACUGACGGCGUCAACGGAACUGGCGGCUCCCAGGGGUCUUCCGGUGCGUCGGUGAGUCAAGGCACUGCGGGCUUCUUGGUCGACAUUGCGCGUCAGCAGCAGAGGGACCGAGCCGCUGAGCAGGAACGCCAGGCUUCCUCCGGCUCCCAGGGACAGGGCCAGAACGCCGGUGGCCAGAACGGCACCGGCCCGAACGGCGUCAACGGACGUGCCACAUUCACAUCUACCCAAAACCCGAAGGAAGUCCCAUCAGACACGACAAGCCCAUCCAUCGACCACCCGCCCGUGGCCAUCCACACCCCUGCGGAAGCGACCGCCCAUGUGCGCGUCAAAGGCCACGCCCAGCGACCCAGUCCAGUCGGCCCACGGCGGCCCGCGCAGAAAGCCGCAAGCGAGGGCUACACAACAGAGAAGAGGGCCCCUCGGACUCGGUGCCACAGGCCAAUCAAGGACAUGAUACACACGGCAUGA